GGCUGUGCUGGUGAGUGUGGCCGCUGGAACGCCGGCCCUUCAUUUCUUUGUGUUUACCCCUCCGCAGCCGUGGAGGAGGAGGAAGCGGCACUCACACUCCUGACAUGGGGUCACUUCACUUUAGCCCUGUGCUUCAGUACCUGCCGCGAUGUGUGAACCUAUUGGGUACUGUACGACUUCAAGCCUUGAAAUCAGAUUAGGCACCACCAACCUCAUUUCCUGUUUCUCCUUGAAUUUCUGUGAUACCAAAGUCUGAGCUUCACAAAGUCACUGAAAGUUUUGGUUCAUGAAGUUACACCAUCAUUUCAAGUAAUCAUAAUGGCGAAUUCUACAAAAGCAGAGGAAUAUGAAAAGAUGUCUCUUGAACAGGCUAAAGCAUCAGCAAAUUCUGAAACAGAGUCUUCGUUCAGUGUUAAUGAAAACACAACAGCUUCUGGGACUGGGCUUUCUGAAAAGACUCCUGUCUGUGGGCAAGUAGACACAGCAAGAAAGAGAAAAGUGUUUGAAGAUGAUUUUGUAAAGGAAAGUUCUAGUUGUGGGGAAGACACUCCAUCCAAGAGGAGAAAACUUGAUUCCGAAAUUGUCCCAGAGAAGAAAGAUUAUGGUGAUGAUGAAGACAAUUCAGAGAAAAGAAAAAGAGAAACUGAGGGUAUUCCAAAAGAUGAAUCUUCUACUGGAGAUGGCACUCAAAAUAAGAGGAAAAUAGCACUUGAGGAUGUUCCUGAAAAGCAGAAAAAUCUAGAAGAAGGACACAGCUCAGCCGUGGCUGCCCAUUACAAUGAACUUCAGGAAAUUGGUUUGGAAAAGCGUAGUCAAAGUCGUAUUUUUUACCUAAGAAACUUUAAUAAUUGGAUGAAAAGUGUUCUCAUUGGAGAAUUUUUGGAAAAGAUACGACAGAAGAAAAAACAUGAUAUCACUGUUUUGGACCUGGGAUGUGGUAAAGGUGGAGAUUUGCUCAAAUGGAAAAAAGGAAGAAUUAACAAGCUGGUUUGCACUGAUAUUGCUGAUGUUUCUAUCAAACAGUGUCAGCAGCGGUAUGAGGACAUGAAAAAUCGUCGUGAUAGUGAAUAUAUUUUCAGUGCAGAAUUUAUAACUGCUGACUGCUCAAAGGAACUUCUGAUUGACAAAUUUCGUGACCCACAAAUGUGUUUUGACAUCUGCAGUUGUCAGUUUGUCUGUCAUUACUCAUUUGAGUCCUAUGAGCAGGCCGACAUGAUGCUGAGAAAUGCAUGUGAGCGACUUAGCCCUGGGGGCUAUUUUAUUGGUACUACUCCCAAUAGCUUUGAAUUGAUAAGACGCCUUGAAGCUUCAGAAACAGAAUCAUUUGGAAAUGAAAUAUAUACUGUGAAAUUUCAGAAGAAAGGAGAUUAUCCUUUAUUUGGCUGCAAAUAUGACUUCAACUUGGAAGGUGUUGUGGAUGUCCCUGAAUUCUUGGUCUAUUUUCCAUUACUAAAUGAAAUGGCAAAGAAAUACAAUAUGAAACUAGUCUACAAAAAAACAUUUCGGGAAUUUUACGAAGAAAAGAUCAAGAACAAUGAAAAUAAAAUGCUGUUAAAACGAAUGCAGGCCUUGGAGCCGUAUCCUGCAAAUGAGAAUUCUAAACUUGUCUCUGAGAAGGUGGAUGACUAUGAACAUGCAGCAAAGUACAUGAAGAACAGUCAAGUAAGGUUACCUUUGGGAACCUUAAGUAAAUCAGAAUGGGAAGCUACAAGUAUUUACUUGGUGUUUGCCUUUGAGAAGCAGCAAUGAACAUGUAUGUAGUAGUCCCUGAGUGGCUAUGUUCUGUCCUGCACAAAUUUGAACAACCCAUCUCAAUAUAUUUGACAUUUCUCUGUUGAUUUUAAUUCUGAAUGUGCAGGAUGCUUCCAGAAACUCCAGUGUAGAAAUUCAACAUUUUCUGUCUGUGACAGAUGAACUUUUGCAUGUGUAUAUAAGAAUGAGUCGGAACCUCUGUCGUUAAAAAUCUAUUUUUAAGUAACAUUCUAAGAAUUCCAUUUGCCUCUACAAUCUUAGCUCAUAAAAAUUAUAAUAUGAUUUGUUAAAGCAACUAAACUCUUUCCACAGUGCUCAGAUUUGUCCCGUGUGUGUUUACAGUAUUAAAUUUAUUGCAGUUGUAGAAUUGGUCAGAGAGCAUUUUCAUAGUGUGCUCAUUUCUAUCAUUUUAUUACAUAACAUUUUUCAAGAUUUAAUGGAUUGCAUUCUGUACAGUUGAAUAUAAGUGUUCAAUAUGUAUUGCUAAAGUUACUAGUUUAAAACUCAAUUUCAGACGUUCAUAAAAGUUAGCAAAAAUUUUAGCAAUUUGUUACAUUUUGAAAUAAUCAUUAACAUACUGCAAUUCAGGAGCUGGUUAGAACAUUUUAAGUGGCAGCAUAGAAUUUUGGAAUUUUGGGGUUUUCUUUUGAGAUUUGUUACCAUAGCAAUUAAUGUUUCCAGUUAUCAAGAUUGUGAUUAGACACAUUUACCUUUCUUCGUUGAACAAUGGUGCCAUAGUUAUUUUUCUCAAGAUUUAGUGAAAAUCCCUUUCAUGUAAACAUGUGGCACAUUUUUUCCAAAUUUGUGCAUGGAACUGCUGUAGGAAUAUUCUCACCAACUGAUGCUGUGUACCCACUUCAACCCAGAAAUAAGCAAAACCUGUUCCUCUGUUACAACCUCAGCACUUUGCACUAUAGGAACCAUUGUUAAAAUUGUCACUUGUGUAAUUGACUGCUUUUCCAAAACUGGUCUCUAUGUGAACUGUUGUCCUUACUUUACACCACCAUUUGGAAGACUUGCCAGUUUUUAGAUGUAGAUAUAGUGAAAAACUUCAAGAAUGAAGCAGAGUAAUUGAGCAUUCUUUUUUAAAUUAUUAAGUCAUGGUUUACAAAAACAUUACUUUCUGUAGUAAUUCACAGUACUUGUUUUAAAAACAGAGUGUCUUCAUUAGUUUACAUCUAUUAACUGUUCAUGGUGUUGCAAACUUUUUAGCAAGAAAACAUGGGUUUCCACACUAUAUUUUGUGAAAAAUUUAGCCACCAGUGGUACAACCCUGAGCAAGUCAAAGAAGCUUCCUGUGCCUCAGUUUCCCUGUGUGAAAAGCAGGCAGAGUGAAAGCUGCUCCACCAGCCCCCAUACUUAGCCUUAUGAGGACAUGUAAGUGCAAUUUGUAAUAAUUAUACAUUGAAUUUCAGGCCAAAAAAAAAAGAAAACAUGGGUUUCCUCAUUUCAGUUCCUUCUGCAGUCUGUCAAUCUCCAAACUGUUACCAGUUUACAAAAAUAAGUCUUUUUGCCUUAAGUCAUUUGGGAAAUACAUAAUACUGCAUCUGACUGGUGGCUGCCAUUAGCUAGGAAGGGUUAGUAAAUGAUGUCAGGGAGGUGAGGAAAAGGAAUCUUCCUUUUACAUAUUCAGGUUCAUUUUUAUUCUAGGGCAGUGCCAGGAAGUAUAUUGAUAGUUUGGUAGGUACAAGAAAAGCAUCAUCAUUAUUUCCUCUAUUUACAUUUACUGGUCUUAAUUAGCAGGUAAUAAUACAUGUACUUUUAGCCUCUUUCAGCCUGUUCCACUCCCUGGGUGAUUUGGGGGAGAGAAGAAUCCUCCAAAGGAUAGAGUAGCCAACAGUAAUACAAAGCAGAGAGAACAGAAAGGUAGAGUUCCUAAAACCUUCAGUGAACAGAAAGGAGCAGAGAGUGAGAUCAGAUCUGAGAAGGUGCUCUGGGUACUGAGGCCACUGUCAUUGGCAUGGGGGAGGCUCCCUGUAGCCACACCUGCAGGCACUAUGGUCAGGUGUCCACCUUCCUCCUUGAGCUUUGCCUGUCUGUUGCCUUAUCAGUUCUUUCAUCACCACCCUCAACCCCACCCCCGUCCCUGUGUCUCCUUGCUACAAUUAAGUUUCUGGACAUUGACUUAAUUAUUAGGAAAAGGACUAAAGGUAUCCCCUGCCUAUUGUCUCCGAUCACCAAGGUGGAAGGGAGCUGGUAGGACUCUUCCUUGACACACACUGCAGUCUAAGUGUUUGGUUUUCUAUGCAGGACUUAUGGUAACAAUUAUGGGGGGUCGGGGGGUGUGGCUGUUGACCGUUGGGCCAGGAAGAGCACCUGUUGCAGCAGGCUUGGUGAAGUGGGGCACUCCCAGACCUGCCAUGCAGUUUAUCCUCUGAUAAUGGAAUUAGAAAUGAAGGUCUAAUCAGCUAUUGGUGGGAAUGAUGGAAUUGGAGAUUGCAAUGAUUGAUCUGGGAACACGGCUGGAUUGUGAUGUAACCAAGGGCCUAGAAUAUACUUGAGAAAGCACUAAUGGCUUGUGUUGAGGGAGAGCAGCUGGCAGUUUUUAACCACAUCUGAGGAGCCAUGUUCUAACCUGUGGAAAGUAUUGCAAGCAUGCGAGAGUGACAACCUCUGCAGAGUCACUGCACCAUUGAGCUUGGCCCUCCUGUUCCUUCAGUACCCAACAAGGCGCUCUGGGUCCAGGGUGACUGUCCAAAGAAAUUGACCUUCAGCCAGAGAAAACAUUGGGUGGAGACUCUUGCUUAUGUUACUGCAUUCUUGUAAUGACUUAAAGGAAGAUUGCCAGUACAGUGAGUUUUGCAGCCUGCUCCCCCACCCACACUUGGAAAUUGAGGGAGCAUGACCACUGUCUGACUUCACAUGUUAAUAGAGGAUAAGUGUAGAGUUGGGAGUAUAUUGAUCAGCAUCAUAGAAAAGCAGACAAACCAUGCUCAGCCAUGAGAUGGCCGGGUUUCCAGUUCUGUUAACUCUCGGGAAUUUCUUCUUCAGCCUUUUAGCUUAGUGCCAUUAUGUCAUUUUGAUUUGUAUUCAAGUACUCUUCAAGUAUCACUGUGGUGAAGGUUUGGCCACUUGUAUAGGUCUGACUGCAGGGCAAAAAUGCCAGUGUGAAUAGUCUAGCUACCAGACAUGGUUUUUGUUGAAAAACUGACUUUCUGUUGUCUACCUCAGGCCUUGUGCAUUUGGGUUAUCUCUAGCUAGUUACCACACGGGGUUUCUAGGUUUGCAAAAUAGAGGCCAAAUCCAGGGACCAGGCCCCAAUAACAGAAGUUAUACCAAAAUGCCUGUGGUACUUGAUGGCCUGUUGGUCAAAUAGGAAGUAUAAGUGUGUGAUGUUAGGACCUCCCUAGUUGCUGGUAUGUCAAACACUACCCACUUAAGUGUUUUCAUUCCCCACCCUCUGAGCGACAUUCCUAAUUCUUUGAAGGCAACUGGUGCAAAGCCUGCUACACUUAUGUAAUGAUAUUUAGCACAUACAUAUGGUACUGGAGCCCAGGGCACUGUCAGUACUUCUCCCUCUUCUGCUUCCCAGUUUGUCCUCUGUCCCCAUGUAGGCCUAAAGCCACCCCACUGCUUAAUGCCUACCCUUAACCACAAUAUUGAGGAAGUGCAGGACAUCUGCACAGUUUGGCUGUGGAGACUUUUGAGCAAGCCCUAAAGUCUCCUGCUCCUUAGACUUCUCCUGGGUUGUGCUUUCUUGGGGACAGCGUACUAAAGACAAAGCUGAGCUGACAGCUAAUGUUUAUUAGCCUCCUACCUAAGUCAGUCACUUUGCUAAAUGCUUCACCUGCGGUAAUUUAUUGUGAUUGUUAUAACAUUUCAGUGAGCACCAUUAUCCCCAUUUUAAAGAUGAGGAAACUGAGUCAUAGAGGGUACAGACUUGCCCAAAAGAGAGCCAGGAUUUUCACACCCACUCCCCAAGUUGGGCCUGCCCUCCAAGUGCUUGUUAUAUACCUCCAAGGGUGUCAGCCCAGAUGACUCCUCACCCAUCCACCACCUGCAGUUUGAAAUGUUAACUAUUAGAGCCCCAUCCUUUUUGUUACUUAGAUGUUCCCUGGGAGGAGUGUUUAUUUCUGAGUAAGGGGCUUUGUUGAGAGAGAGGGAUAUAGAGAGCAAGAGAGCACUGGAGUGCAUUGGCAGGAAGCAAAGAUAAGACCUGAAUUUCAGUUUGGUAGACCUCUUUUAGCAGCCUGACCUGUAGCAAUUCUAGUUUAGUCUGCAUGAUAGGGAGAAGGGUUCUCUUCCCACCCUCACCAUUUGCAAGUGGCAGGAGCUGAGAAUGCGAAUGUAAGAGUGUAGCCAAGGUGAGAGGCUGCCAGAGGAGACUUUUUUUCAGUUUUCAGUCGAGUAUCCAGAGGCAAAUAAUUUUGUUUAACUUUUUAUUAAAGUAUAACUAUAGAAACACAUCAGUGAUUUUUCACAAAUGGAACACGUGCAUACAAUCAGCACCCCAGAAGUCCCCCAUCAGAUUCCCUUCUGAUGUUAACUAACUACCUCUCCAAGGGAAACCACUAUCCUGAGUUCUAAGAGCAUAGAUUAGUUCUAUCUGGUUGGGGUGGUACAUGAAUGGAAUUAAGCGUUAUGCAUUCUUUGUAUCUGGUUUCUUUCCCCCAGUAUUAUGUCUGUGAGAUUUUUGUUGCAUGUAUUUGUACAUGGUUUUUCAUUCUCAUGGUUGUAUAAUAUUCCAUCAUGUGAAUAAACCACAUACUAUUUAUCUGA